ACAACCACUGAGAAGAUGCAGCAUCCCGGGAUUGUGCCGUGUUCACUCCAUUUUCCUCCGGCGUUCCCUUCAGUCUUGCACAGGUGUACCGGCUCCUCCCCUUCAGUCUUGCACAGGGUGUACCGGCUCCUCCCCUUCAGUGUUGCACAGGUGUACCGGCUCCUCCCCUUCAGUGUUGCACAGUUGUACCGGCUCCUCCCCUUCAGUCUUGCACAGGUUUAUCAGCUCCUCCCCUUCAGUCUUGCACAGGUGUACCAGCUCCUCCCCUUCAGUCUUGCACAAGUGUAUCAGCUCCUCCUCUUCAGUCUUGCACAGGUGUACCGGCUCCUCCCCUUCAGUCUUGCACAGGUGUACCGGCUCCUCCCCUUCAGUGUUGCACAGUUGUGCCGGCUCCUCCCCUUCAGUCUUGCACAGGUGUACCGGCUCCUCCCCUUCAGUCUUGCACAAGUGUAUCGGCUCCUCCCCUUCAGUCUUGCACAGGUGUAU